UCACCACUCGCCGGAGUGAAUCUGAUUUUUCUACUUUCCUCGCCUGCUGCACCGCACUCCUCCGAUCCUCCCUCCCGGUGCCACCUCUCCUAAGAAGCAGCUUCUCCGGCUUGCUUUCCUUACUGUAUUUUUAAAAUCCCACUGACAAAAGGAGAUCGUUUUAGAUCAUGUAUUAAAAAAAAAAAAAUCCAAUAAGCCCUAUAGUGUUGGUUAGUGUUGAAAAAUGAGAAAGUAGCUUGGGCCGAAAGCUGUUGGGAGCGAGGCUGGAGCGUGUGGUGGGCUCGGGGUCAGAGGUAGAGAAGAGAGACUGGGCACACUCGCUUUGUAGAUCUGUGCGUGAACCUCACGACCGGGCUUUAAGGAUAUCUGCCUAAUAUUGGACCAAACACGCUAGCAAUGAGAAGUGGUUGACUAGGUUUCGUUAUCUCCCCCGGUCUUUUCCAAAACAGCAAGUUGAAAGGUUUCCUUGGUGGGUUUUCCUGGGUGCAGGACCUGCGCCUCCUCGCAGAGCGGUCGCGGAGGCAAGAGGGGCGCAAGAGACCCAAGGGAAGGGGCCGAAAGCCGCCUGAUUGACAGCCCGAAAUCUGAUCUUGUGAAAGAGACGUGGAGCCAAUGGGAGGCAGCGAUCCAUCAGUUUGGAUUGGAGGCCCCUGGAGGAGAAGUAGAGGAAAAACCACCGAAUUGAGCUCUGUCAGAGGCGCUUUCGGCUUCCAAGGGGAAGUGCUGGGCAAUAAUUAAUGUUUUUAUUAAAUUUGGAGGGAAUUUUUUGCAGCCGUUCGCCUAGCGUGGCCUUCAGGUUGAUAGAAGUCCAGAUCCCGAAGAAAUCUCCAGCUAAAUGCUCAAAAUAUAAAACACUGAGCUAAUAUUUGUGAAGAGCAGCAGAAUGGAUGGAUUUUAUGACCAGCAAGUGCCUUACGUGGUCACCAACAGUCAGCGUGGGAGAAAUUGUAACGAGAAACCAACUAAUGUCAGGAAAAGAAAAGUCAUUAACAGAGAUCUGGCUCAUGAUUCUGAAGAACUCUUUCAAGAUCUGAGUCAGUUACAAGAAACAUGGCUUGCUGAAGCUCAGGUACCUGACAAUGAUGAGCAGUUUGUGCCAGACUAUCAGGCUGAAAGUUUGGCUUUUCAUGGCCUACCACUGAAAAUCAAGAAAGAACCCCACAGCCCAUGUUCAGAACUCGGGUCUGCCUGCAGCCAAGAGCAACCCUUUAAGUUCAGCUAUGGAGAAAAGUGCCUGUACAGUGUCAGUGCCUAUGAUCAGAAGCCACACGUGGGAAUGAGGCCCUCCAACCCCCCGACACCAUCCAGUACUCCAGUGUCUCCACUACAUCAUGCAUCUCCAAACACAACUCAUACUCCGAAACCUGACAGGCCCUUCCCAGCUCACCUCCCUCCUUCUCAGUCCAUACCAGACAGCAACUACCCCAUGGACCACAGAUUUCGUCGACAGCUUUCUGAACCCUGUAAUUCUUUUCCUCCUUUGCCGACAUUGCCAAGGGAAGGGCGUCCUGUGUACCAACGGCAGAUGUCUGAGCCAAACAUCCCCUUCCCACCACAAGGCUUUAAGCAGGAGUACCAUGACCCAGUCUAUGAACACAACACCAUGGUUGGAGGCGCAGCCAGCCAAAGCUUCCCCCCUCCUCUGAUGAUCAAACAGGAACCCAGAGAUUUUGCAUAUGAUUCAGAAGUGCCUAGCUGCCACUCCAUUUAUAUGAGGCAAGAAGGCUUCCUGGCUCAUCCAAGCAGAACGGAAGGCUGCAUGUUUGAAAAGGGCCCCAGGCAGUUCUAUGAUGACACCUGUGUUGUUCCAGAGAAGUUCGAUGGAGACAUUAAGCAAGAGCCAGGAAUGUACCGGGAAGGACCCACAUACCAGAGGCGAGGAUCACUUCAGCUUUGGCAGUUUUUGGUAGCUCUUCUGGAUGACCCUUCAAAUUCUCAUUUCAUUGCCUGGACUGGACGAGGCAUGGAAUUUAAACUGAUUGAGCCUGAAGAGGUGGCCCGGCGUUGGGGCAUUCAGAAGAACAGGCCAGCUAUGAACUAUGACAAACUUAGCCGUUCUCUCCGAUAUUACUAUGAGAAGGGAAUCAUGCAAAAGGUGGCUGGAGAGAGGUAUGUCUACAAAUUCGUCUGUGACCCGGAAGCUCUUUUCUCCAUGGCCUUUCCGGAUAACCAGCGCCCACUGCUGAAGACGGACAUGGAACGCCACAUCAACGAGGAGGACACGGUGCCUCUGUCUCACUUUGAUGAGAGCAUGGCGUACAUGCCAGAAGGGGGCUGCUGCAACCCCCACCCCUACAACGAAGGCUACGUGUACUAAAACCAGUGACAGUCAAGCAGGGCACCCCGUGCUUCGCCUCUUUUUUUUUUUUUUUCAAGAUAGAGAGAAUCACCGAAUUCUCUUCAAUCUUUGUUUUAUUUUUGUUGUUUGUAUUUUAUUUUUUAAGUAAUAAUACAAAAGGGGGCUUUUCCUGUUGCAUUAUUCUAUGGUCUGCCAUGGACUGCGCACUUUAUUUGAGGGUGGGUGGGAGUAAUCUAGACAUUCAUUCUGUGUAACAGGAAGAUGGUGGGUGAAUGGGCAGAGGGAACUAGGAAUUCAUUUGUACUUAGGCUUGGGAUGGGGUCCUACGGGUUUUCUGUAUGAUGAAGCUAUAUCAUGUUUGUUCUAUUUCAUAAUAACGUAAGAUAAUUUUCUCGGUAUCUACGGUACAUUUGAUUUGAUAUUGUGUAAAUAUCUACUUGGAGACCAUUUGCCUUGAGCAUUUCCCCACCAUUACUGACGUUUUCGCAGGUGUACAAAAAAUAUCUACUGUAAAUGGCAGUUUAAUGUUAGAAAUGACUGUUUUUGCACCUCUUGUAAAAAAAAAAGUAUUUAGCAAUUGCAUUUGUUGUUCUUUCUAUUCCAUUUCGCUUUACAGAUGACUUGUAAAGGAUAAGAAUAAUUGUGGGCAGUUCUCUGAAUUUUGAGUAAUCACCACGACUGUAAAUGAGGGGCACAAUUUUGGACUCUGGCUCCCGUUGAGUCAUAGGCCAGUAGCAUUACAUGUAUCUGGUGCCAUCUUGCUGUUUCAGUACAAAUACUGUCUUUUGAAUAUGUCAAUGCCCAUUUCAGUUAGAUAAUGACAUGUCAUGAUCCUUUGGAAUCUUCAUUUAAGUGUUAAAUCUGGGAUCACAAUGAAGCAAAAAGAAAAAAAAAAGAAAAAAAAAUUACCUGUCUCCUUUCACUAUCUUCCGUACAUAAAUACAUUAUUUAAUCAAUAAGAAUUAACUUACUAAAUCACAUAUUAUGCUGUUCUAGUUACAGCAAGCACUCUUUAAGAAAAAUAUCCACUACACUAAAUAGGUAUGAUAGUAAUUUUUAGACAUGGUACCCAUUGAUAUGCAUUUAAAUGUUUCACUGCUGUGUUCUGUUGAUAACAUAUAUAAAUAUUAGAUAAUGCUAAUGCUUCUGCUGCUGUCUUUUCUGUAAUAUUCUCUUUCAUGCUGAAUUUACUAUGACCAUUUAUAAGCAAUGCAGUUAACUACAGAUAGCAUUCCAGGACAAAAUAGAUGACUCAAACCAUUUAUUGCUUAAGAAAUAGCUUACACCAUGCUAUGCUAUAAGCAGCUUUUAUGCACAUUGACAAAUGAAGAGUGAGCUUCAGCUUGCUAAGGGAAACUGUGGAAACUUUUGUAACUUUGGGUGAAAUGGGACAUUGUUUAUGAACUGUUAAAGAAUAUGAGGAAGUUUCUGUGUGAAGUAGUGCUGGUACUGAUGUUGUCCAUCCUCUCCUUCUGGACACGCCUGUAAAUGUGAUCAGACUGUAUGAAAGAACAUUCAAAGACCUGAGGUUUCAAAGAUUUCGCCUUUGUUUUUGGUUUGUUUUGUUUCACAUUUAAAAACAACUGCAUUAAGAGCGAGCCAUGUUACAUUCACUCCGAAAACCAUAUAGAAACAGUAUCUCAAUAACCCUGAGUAGCUGCUUUCAAGAUCCAAGCAAAGGAGGUGAAUUGUGUUCAAUCUGCUACUAUUCUGGAGAACAACUUUGUAAAGAAUCUAUAGGACAAUACUUAUUUUAUAGAAAAUCCUUAAACUCAAAGCCCAAAGAAACCUAGGAAAGUAUUUCUGAUUACAAGAAAGACUUUGUGAAGAUGAGCCCUAAGUAGCCAUUCUCCAUGCAGCACAGAUCACAGUUGUUUCUCUAAUUCAACAGUUCCUUCACUCGCCACACACCCAAGCCAGUACUAUCUGCAUCCUCCAGAAAUGUUUUGAUGCCUAUGUAUGUCUAUAAAUGAUUCCAUUGACUGUGCUGCAUGUAUGUCACUUAGCCCUUCACAGGCUGAUAAGUAUGCCUUAAAAAUCAGGAUGCCCACCAGGAUCAUGUGGCUACUUACAGCACUUAGAAUGAAAAAACAACUUUGUAAAUAACCAGAGAAAUAUUUAUUGGACAGAAAUCUGAGAUACGUGAUUGAGCUAUUUGGCAAAAUAGAAGAAAAUUCAAAGUGCAUCUUUAAAUGUAAAUUGCUUUGAGGAAUCUUUUCUUUUCCUAUUGUUCUUUCUCCCUUUUAAUAUUCUUGUUCUGGUCAGUCAGGGAGGAAGAAUAGGACCCUGAGCUCUUUUAAAGGCUCAUAAGAAUAAAGGUAUUAAUUCUGAUCGCUAAGGACAACUACAUGUUUUGCUGUUACAGGUAGUGACUUAAUGAACUAAGUAAGUCAUCAGCAAACAUUAAGCAUAUUACUAAUAUAGACAAAUUCAAAAUAUAGCAACAUAAACUUUAGCAAAAUGGAAGAUUUUAUAUUUUGAUUUUGGGGUUUUUUUUUCUGCUUUUUCUUUCAGGUAGAUUAAUAAACAUAGAAGCUGAUUUCUGCAAGAUUCGUGCAUUUCGUAUUUCAACAGCUUUGGCUACCAAACAUCCAAAUUAGUAAAGUAAAGUUUCUCUUCAACUUGGUAAAAGAAAUGAACAGAUAUAUCCACUAGUGUUUGAUGUCUCUCAUUGAAGAUGUGCACAUAUUCAGCAAUUUCUUAAAACAAAGAAUAUUAUCUUCCAAAUAAUCAGUGAGAAAUUAUUUUAUUAGGGGUACUUCAAAAUGAAACUCCACAAACCUGAAGGUGUGUAGGAUUUCCUCAAAUCACAGAAGACUUGCUUCCGAUAGAUGCCAUAACAAAUUACUUAACUUUAGUACCAACAUAAAUUUACUUCCUUGCAGUUCUGGAGGUUAAAAUUUCAAAGUCAAGGCCUAAAAGGGCUAAAAUCAAGAUGUUAGGAAAGCUACUUCCUUUUGGAGGCUCUAAAGAGACACUGGUUUUGUUUUUUGUUUUUGUUCCCCCCCCCACUUUUUUUUCCAGUUUCUGGGCUGCAGGCCAUUUCUUGACUACUAGUUACAAAGUUUCAAUUUUGCCUCCAGGGUCACAUAUGUUCCUCUCUGCUAUCGCAUCUCCUGGCUUCGGCAAGGACUCCUAUUUAGGGUUUGCUAGAAAAUCCAGGUUGAUCUUUGCCCUCUCAGCCUCCCCAAUCAUGUGCCACAUCCCUUUUGACAGAUAAAAAUUCAUAGGUUCCUGGGAUCAUGAUGUGGUUUCAGGGCAGGCCAGGGAGGGUGGGUGUUUAUUCAGUUUCCCACACAGACAAAGACCCAGGGAGAAAAAUCCUAACUGAUUUAUUCAUGAACAAAAAGUACUAUUGAGGUAGCUAAGAUACCUAUAGAGUAAGAGUAUUGUCAUUUGCCAUUCAGAUUAUCUCCCCUUAUUUUUGAAAUACCUUUGAAAAAGAUGUAAUUAUUAAAAUUCACUUGUUCUAGUAAAUCGUCUGGGCUACACAUCGAGCUUUUAUAUGAGUUAAAGAUCCCUCCUAUCCUAGUUAAGCACACUUGGAUAGGAAAAAUAACUAAGCUGCGAUAGUAAGGGCAAUGGCACAGUUAAAUCUAAUGUUCUUGCCAUAUUAUGUUGUCAAAAAGAAUUUUUAAUAUUAAUAAUGAGCUGAUUCCUUAUGAUUUUCACAUCUGCAAAUGUUAACUGCCCGUUCAAUAAGAACGAUAACAAUAUGUCUCUUGUUAAUUAAAGGAACAAUUCUGAGAA